GGUGGCGGUGGAGUAGGGGUGGUAGAGGUGGUUGGAGGAGGAGGAGGGGACCCUUUAUCUGCCAACUCUGGUUACAACUCAGGCGACGAAACUAGCAGCUUGCUGCCGUCAGCAAAAUCGUCAUCAUCAGCUAACAAUAAACCGGUCCUUAUACGUCAGGAAUGCACCACUUUGAUGGUGUCUCCUCCACCGGUGUCGACGUCACACUUUGACGGUGUUUCAGGGUCUCAGUUUGACGGCGGUGCCACACUGUCGACUAAGGGAGGCGCAAAAAUGGGGUACCUAGCGGGAGGCAGAUGUCAGCCACACAUAAGUUUGUCAACCGGUGUUAUGGGUGGUAGUGACGAAAGUACAGGGGGACCAAUCGUGAGGGUUUCAGGGGUCGCCGACCCCCCUACUCCACCUGAAAAGGGGAGUUCCUCAGGAGCGGGGGCUGCGCGGUCGGUGCCCGACAUCGAGAUGCAUUGUCGGCUAACCAAUGAUCAGGUUCUACCCCGACUACCAAGAAGACCACCACUAUGCUUCUGCGAACGACGCAAAUCGUCUCAGUCGCCUUCAAUGGCUCGGUCGGUGUCGCGCGACAGUGUCGCCUGUCGCCUAGCCACAUCGUCGGCGACACAAUCCUCUCUCCAGCCGUCAACGACGCCUUUGUUGCUGACCACCUCACCCACUUCCCGCAUUAUUCGCCAGAGCUCGCAGCCGGAAGCUUCCUGUUGUCACCACUACAGCGCCACACCUAGCGCUUCCUUGCGACAAUUACGAGAACCAGGAGAUGGCAUUGCUAUGAUAGCGGCUGAUUCGCUAAGAAUUAAUGGCGCCAUACGACAGUUCAAGCAGGGAAUUCUGCUGACUCCGCAAACAUUGGCUCAGUCGCGCCGAGAACGGCUCCGGCGUGCCUUCACCGACGCUACAAGUGAGACAGUCACACAUGUCAAAACGCUACGCAAGCCCGUGUCGACACUGUCCAUACCGGGCUCGAUGAAAGGGGGUGAGGGGGGCAGAGGAGGAGGCGGCGGAGGAGGAGGCGGUGGUGACCGAGGAGGAGUAAUCGAUGAGGCGGGAAUAGCUCUGGUUGGAGUCCACAGCGAGUACCCGCGAUACACCGAAGACAGAGCUGUGGUGUGCAAAGGAGCAAGCUUUGGCUCGGCUGGCGGCAACAUUGAUGGCGGUCCGGGCUCAGGGUCGGGUAGCAACGGCGCAUCCGGCAAACCGAACGUCGGCUACCGGUUAGGGCGCCGGAAAGCGCUCUUCGAGAAACGGAAGCGGAUCUCGGACUAUGCUCUCGUUCUGGGGAUGUUUGGCAUCCUUGUCAUGGUGAUUGAGAACGAGCUGAGUAGUGCUGGAGUUUACACAAAGGCUUCAUUCUACUCGACGUCGUUGAAAACGCUCAUCUCUGUGUCGACAGUCAUACUUCUUGGUCUCAUCGUCGCCUACCACGCUCUAGAAGUUCAGCUAUUCAUGAUCGACAACUGCGCAGACGAUUGGCGCAUCGCAAUGACGUGGCAGCGCAUUUCGCAGAUCAGCAUGGAGUUGGCGAUUUGUGCGGUGCAUCCGAUCCCCGGCCAAUACUACUUCCUGUGGACGACCAAGCUGGCCAACAAGGGCGGCGACAUAGGGUCCAGAUGGGUGCCCUACGAUGUCGCCCUCUCACUCCCCAUGUUCCUCAGACUGUACCUCAUAUGCAGGGUCAUGUUGUUGCAUAGUAAGCUAUUCACUGAUGCAUCGUCCAGGAGUAUAGGGGCACUCAAUCGCAUCAACUUCAAUACACGUUUUGUAUUGAAGACUCUGAUGACGAUCUGCCCCGGUACAGUCCUUUUAGUGUUUAUGGUAUCCUUAUGGAUUAUAGCCUCAUGGACGUUAAGGCAGUGCGAAAGGUUUCACGAUGAGGACCAUGCGAAUCUUUUGAACGCCAUGUGGUUAAUUGCUAUCACCUUCCUGAGCGUCGGCUUUGGAGACAUAGUGCCUAAUACUUAUUGCGGAAGAGGUAUUGCCGUCAGCACUGGCAUUAUGGGUGCUGGCUGCACUGCUUUGCUCGUUGCUGUAGUCUCACGAAAAAUGGAACUAACGCGAGCCGAAAAACAUGUCCAUAAUUUCAUGAUGGACACUCAACUCACUAAGCGCCUAAAAAAUGCAGCAGCGAACGUGCUGCGUGAAACGUGGCUGAUCUACAAGCACACGCGACUCGUGAAGCGUGUCAACGCCGGCCGUGUGCGCACGCAUCAGCGCAAAUUCCUGCUAGCCAUCUAUGCCUUACGAAAAGUUAAGAUGGAUCAAUGUAAAUUAAUGGAUAAUGCUAAUACUAUUACUGAUAUGGCUAAGACACAGUCAAGUGUUUAUGAAAUAGUCUCCGAUAUGAGUCAACGUUAUGACACAAUAGAGGAGCGACUACUUGGUCUGGAGGAUAAACUUUCCAAUAUACAUGAACAGGUUGAAAUGCUCUCCGACCUCCUAUCACGCUGCCUUGAACAGGGUAACAACUCCAUCAACACCAACAACACCCUAUCCCUAACACCAACAUCAGCUCUGGACCGUGCCAAUGAGCGACGCAACUUCCUCCACCCAGAAUCAGCAGCACAGCUUGGAAAUGCUGCCCAAUUUGGCAACAGUGCUGCACACAAUACUACACAAUUUGGUGCCCAUGGUGGGACCUCACAACAUAGCAACAGUGCAUCUGCAGCUCAACUUGGCAAUUCUGCACAACUUAGCAACAGUGCAGCAGCAUCACAGCUAAGCCCUGCCCCUUGCCUGGUGCCUUCCCCAGCUGUACUCUCCCAUUCGCGCAGUGUGCCUCCUGCCACAGCCUACCAUUGGCCAACCAGUCCCGUCCUACCACCAAUCAGCAGCCGCACACCUCACCUGGUGCCUGAGCCCCUUCUCCCCCAGCAAUCCAGCUGAGUGUCGGCCCCCUCUUAGUCGACACAAACUGCAGAACAGGUCGAGGUACUCAUCUAGGUUAGGAUGCCAUUGGUGGAUUACUGUAUAUUGUCUAUAAUUUAUAUUAUGUACAUUUUUUUAAUAUUGAUUCUGAAUACACAGAGGUUCAGAAGAGGCAGCAAUGCCUAGCCUGUGGAAUAGGAAGGAAUAAGAAAAAUAAUAAGAUGAAGAGAAUAUAAAAUAUGUGCACUACAAUAUUGUUUUCAUGAUUAUGCUGGAAGGAGCAAGGUCUGAAUUAUGUUAACAGUCAUUAUUUUAUCCAUCCUCAUUUUCUGCACUCUUCCUUCAUGAGUGAGUUGAGCUUUGCUCACACCAAUGUAGAGAGAGUUUGGCAGAUGAGAGCAGGUUGAUUUUAAAGAUGGUUAUAAAAAAUAGGUAUUGGUCCACUAUCAUUCCCAUUAGUGUGUAAAAACCUUGAGUUGGAGUUCAACAUCUACAAACCACAUUUAAAAGCAAGCUCUUAGAGAGUUAUCCACACUCAUGCUCCAAGUGAAGUUUUUUGUAAAUUUGUCAUUGUAAUCUUGUUACAGAAAUACUCUGAAUUUCAUUUCAACUGAUUUUGCUACUCCAAAAGUCAACUGCUCUAUGUCAAUCUCAAUAGUGCUGCAAGAUACAAGUAGAAACUAUUCUAACCCACCAAACUUGGUGGAAGAUUGGAAAUCAAGAAUAAAUGAAGGUGGAUACUCGAGGUUCUCAUCUUGAAAUUUGUUUCAAGAAAACUACUAUUCCGAGUUACUCCUCAAUUAUAAAAUAACCAAACUUAUCAGUUUGUCCUGGACCUAAUUCAAACAUUGCUAGUAGAUAGAAUUUGUCGGUUCUGGCACAAGGUCAAAGGUCAAGAGUUUUUUACUUUGACCUUUGACAUUGCACCAGAAUCGACAAAAUCGAUCCAGUAUAGUCAAUAUCCAAAUCAUUGCAGUUGAUUUCAAUUUUGAACAAAAACCACAUAAUUUAACCUCCCAGUGGGUGCGUCCUUGAAACUUACAAGAGUGGGCAUGUAGCAGCACUGAGUGCUGUCUCUGGAAUAUCCUAGUUUUUAAGCCUCAUACAGCUCAGGCUAGAAAAGAAAGGAUGUUUAAAUCAUAAAAAGUAAUUUUAUAAUCAAUUUGGAUAAUUGUAGUCAUAUCUUGAACAUGCUAUACUAUUUUUCAAUAAUUAUAUACAGGAAAUUGUUACUCACUGAAUUGAAUUCAAAUACUGAUCACAUCAAAAGAAUAAUUUUAUUUCAGCUAUUGUCAAAAUAACAAAAAAACAUCAUACAAGGCACAUAUAAUAAUUGAUAAUGAAAGUUGAAAGAAAUGGGAUAGUCCCUUAGAAGAUAACAUAUAUGAAUAUUUGAAAAUUAGGAACAGAGAGUGCUGCCUAUAGGAUGUGUCUAUGUGUUUGUCUUCAACUCUUGACUGAAACAAUCAAUGUAAACAACAUCUAGCAUAUGGAUUGUAUUACAAGUGUUGCCAACUGUAGGUACUGAA